UAUGAACUGUAUACGAUACAUUAUAUACGAUUGAAAAUGCUUUCUAUCUAUAUGUCUCGUAAACUUUGAAUAUCAGAAGUUAAGCGUUUAAACAUGUCAGACUCGGCAAGAUGAGGUUACAAUACGCGGUUUUAUUUCUUCUUUAUCUUUUGCGGAAUUCACAAAUAUGUUCAACAAUUAUGGUAAUAAAUAAUACCACGGAUUCUCAACAAGAAUACAGACCUGAAGGUCCAUUAGUAAUGUGUAAAUUUUUGCCAAAAGAAUUUAUAGAAUGUGAAGAACCAAUUGAUCACAAAGGUAAUAAAACUGCCAAAGAAGAAACCGGAUUUGGUUGUGUAAAGUUUGGAGGAUCCAGAUAUGAAGAUGUUGAAAAAACUAAAGUAUCAUGUACUGUGUUGCCAUAUAUAGAGUGUUAUGGACCUAGAACAUUUAAUCGUGAAGGAGUUCCUUGCAUAAAAUAUAGUGAUCAUUAUUUUGCUACUACUUUAUUGUACAGUAUUCUGUUAGGUUUUUUGGGUAUGGAUCGAUUUUGUUUAGGGCAAACUGGUACUGCUGUUGGCAAACUAUUGACGUUAGGAGGAGUAGGAGUAUGGUGGAUUUUUGAUGUGAUUCUAUUAGUCACAGGUUCUUUACAACCUGAAGAUGGAAGCAAUUGGAAUCCUUAUGUAUAGUACAUCAAAUGUGGAUACAUUCCAGAAAUGUAAAGUAACAUUUAAGUAUUUUGUAUGUUACUUUUUUUAAAUCAAUUUAAUAAUUUCGAAUUUAUAAGAUUAUUAGCAUAACUUUUAUAAAAACAAUUUAUAUUUACUUGUAUAUAUAUAUGUAUAUAUAUACAUAUAUAUAUAUACACACAUAUAUAUAUCUUAAUAUGUAAAUAAAUAUUCCUACAA